CACACACACACACACACACACACUUUUCCUCCCAUAAUGCAAACUAUCCUCGGACAGUAAUCUGGACUUCUAGGUGGGAGGAAAUCAUGGAAGCGUGGUUUCUGUCGGUGGUGGUGCUGCUGGGUCUGCCGCGGCCCCUCGGGGCAGGGACCCCCGCUCACAACAGCACGUAUUCGGCAACCGACGGGUAUCCGUACUCCGAGGCCACGGCUGAGUUCAGAUCAACAGAAAACGGCGCAUCUUCAUCUUCAUCGUCAUCCUCCAGCGAGAGUUUGUCCCCAUCCCAGAGGAACGUGCUGCUCACGCGCACGGCUGAAACGCGCGCUGCUUCCUCCGACACUGAGCAGACACGAGUCCUCACAGAAACCAGCAGCAGGUCUCCGGAGGCCACAAAUCUGUCAACGGAGCCACUUAGCUUCUCUUUUAUAACGGGCACCGAGGCCGGCAGCAGAAGUAACUUGAAGGAGUUCACCAACACAAACCAGACGCCUGUCACCGCCCACACGGUGUCCCCACAGGACAUGUCUUUUCAGUCUACAGGAGAGGAAAACCUGCCACGGGACAGCCCACGUACCACCCUCCGAUUGGGGGACGCCACAGCUUUGAUGUCGCAGACGGCCGUCCUUGCCGACCGCACGUAUACGACCACCAUCAGCCGCGCUGGGGAGAGAACCCUGCUGUCUGUGACAUCGUCCUCCAACAACAACACCUCACCUGGCUUUACACAAGACUCCAGUUCACGCCAGCCUUCCUCUACCUGGGGGAUUCCUCCUCAGCCUGCAGACACAGAGGAUUAUACUCAAAGCGCUCCGUCAACAAGGACUAAUGGAGGGGAGCGGCACACAAAUGGCGCCUUUUCAGAGACGGGGACCCCAGUGGGGGUCACGGGAGCCCUGAAUUUAACCGCACAACCUAAUGUCACCGAAAAUCGACACACUCCAACAGGACAGGAGACCCCCGAGUCCACGCCCCCUCUCGGGGUGACCGAGCUCAGCACGGACCAAUCACAAGUCUCCGUUUCCGGCACUUCACUUGUCACGUCCGCUGCCGGAGGUCCUGUGAAUGUCUCCGGGACGGAUCAGGGUUCCGGCUGGAGUGUCGGAACAUCCACAGAGUCGACCACCGGAGCCCAAAGCUCCAUCACUCAGAGCCAGGAGGGCACAGAGGGGCUUUCAUCCCAAACCAGUGAGGGCGGCGUGGGGCUGACGGCGGCACCCACAGCUGUCAGCAGCAGCACCUCCAGAGUAAACGACUCUUCCACAGACACGCCUGAGUUCAGUACAGAGGUCUUCCUCACCACAGAACCAGUGAAUGUCACUGAGAGAACACAAACAACGGAGGAAAACACUUCCGAAGCUUCUGCCUUUACUACCACCACCACGGCCUCCACUCUGCGGCCCCUGCUUUCUACAUCUUUCACUAUUUUAAGUAGCAUCUCUAGUGGUUAUUCAUCAGAGGCCCCUACAGAGGCCACCCUUCCAUACGUGACCCCCACCUCCCCAGUUUCCACCCAGGCCACGCUGACUUCUGCAGCCCACCCCACUGACCGCCUGUCGCCCAGUCAGGGACCCUCGACGGGGCCGACCACGCCCACCGAAGCUGCCACCGUGCGGACCGAAACGAGUCCAAAACCCCAGAGAGUUACCACAGCUCCCAGUCAGUACCGGAGAACCACCUCCGCUCACAGCUCUCCUCCAGCUGGGAGCACAGAAGCUCUGCGGACCACCAGCACACAGUCAGAGCCCGUGGAAACAAUGCCACCUGCUGGUAUCCGAACCACAAAGGUGCCACGGAGAAACCCUUGCGUGUCGAACCCGUGCUUGAACGGAGGUGUGUGUGUGAGCUACGAAGGUCCUGAGUACACCUGUCGCUGUAAGGAGUCCUGGACCGGACCAAACUGUGACCAGGAUAUGGAUGAGUGUGAGAAGGACCCCUGCCCCGCCGGCUCCAGGUGCGUUAACACCAGAGGCUCCUUCAGCUGUGAGUGUCCGCUCGGGUUGGAUCUGGCGGAUGGACGCACGUGCACCAGAGCAAAAACCUUUCUGGGAAGCUUUAGUUUCGAAAAGCAAGAUUCUUCUAUAAAAAGCGCGGCCAUGCAUGAGAUCCAGAGAGAGAUCCUACAGCUGCUUAAUGUCUCCUUAUCAGUCCUUCAAGGGUACAGACGCUCAACUCUGAGCAAGGGAGAGCGGGGCGGGCUUCAUAUCCUGGCUGUCAACAUGUUUGCCAUCUCCGCUGAUGUGACGACGGCUGAAGUCUACGAAAGCGUCACGGUUGUUCUCGGAAAGUGUAACUCCUCACUGAGUCACUGCCGAAUGGCCCUCAUGCACCAGCUCUCUUACCACAUGGAGAGUUUGUGCGAGGCUCAGAGGACUCAGUGUGAUCCGGAGCGCUCCGUCUGCGCAGACAGCAGCGGCACUUCCUCCUGCCAGUGUCUGCAGGGGUAUUACAAACGCAGUCCAGACGAGAUGUCCUGCUUGGAAUGUGGAGACGGCUACAAGCUGGAAAACGGCACGUGUGUUCCGUGCAUGUUUGGAUUUGGAGGAUUCAACUGUGGAAACUUUUACAAACUGAUUGCAGUUGUAGUUUCACCUGCAGGGGGAGCUCUGCUCCUCAUCCUUAUCAUUGCUCUCAUUGUCACUUGCUGCAAAAAAGACAAAAAUGACCUCAACAAGAUCAUCUUUAAGAGCGGAGACAUGCAGAUGUCCCCGUAUGCAGACUUCCCUAAAAACAGCCGAAUAUCCAUGGAGUGGGGCAGGGAGACCAUAGAGAUGCAAGAAAACGGCAGCACAAAAAACCUGCUGCAGAUGACCGACAUUUACUAUUCUCCUGCUCUGCGUAACUCAGACCUGGAGAGAAACGGCCUGUAUCCGUUCCCGGGUCUGCCGGGAUCUCGGCACUCGUGCAUUUACCCCGCCCAGUGGAACCCCUCCUUUAUAAGUGACGACUCACGAAGAAGAGACUACUUCUAAGUGCCGCCCCRCGCUUCCAACACAAACCYAACCAAGCCCUGACWGUUCUGAUGGGUUUCUGUCCCCAUGAGGAGGAUGAAAUGUGAGCUGUGCUCUUUUAAUGACUUAUCUGUCUAAAAUCAGGGCUGCACACUAAAUACGCAAAUGUGUUUGUGUGUGUCUGCAUUUUUGCUAAAAUGUUUUUGCAAGUGAAAUYUAUUUCCUUGUGACCAUAUCAGUGUUUUGCAUGUUUUGAACCAUUUACUUAAAUGUAUGUACAUCUCAGACUGCUGCUGUAGUGUUUAAUGUAUUUUUGUUUGUUUUGUUUUAAAGCAGCAAAGGAUUCUCAGCUUCAGUGCAAAGAUAAACGAUCCAUUACAGUUUAGGUCAUGUCUCCCUUUCCUGUUGCCACUUAUUGCUGUCAGAUAAUACAGCUCUGCAUCAAUGACAAAAUGAACAUUUACGGGGGGAAAUGUGGGGAAGAAAAAAAAAAAGCACUAUAGCAGAAGCUUGUGAUGUGCACUGAAUGGACCAGAACAUGCAAAAACACACAUACUGCAGCUCCUGAAGUGCUAAGAUAUGAAAAUGUGUGCACCACUGCUGUAAUCGUUUUUGUUAAUUAUCUGAGGAUAAGUUAUUCAUGGAACAUGGUAAUAACAAACCACUGAAAGAUGUACAAAGUCUUUUUUUUUUUUGCUGACAGUGACUACAGAAGAACUUUGUAACCUGAUGCUAGCUGUUAUUUAUUCCAUGUUAUGUCCAAGCUGCCUACAUGUAGCAGAAUGGAUAUCACAUUUAUACACACUGACAGACUUUAAAGGGAUAAGCCUGUGGCUUUAAGCAUGAGUGAGUGUAUGUGUGUGUGUGGAUGAUGAAUGAGUGUGUGUGUGUGCAUAAGCAAUAAAAGAACUGAAUGUAAGUUGAUAUCAUAAUUAGCUGUUUCUGUUGUGAGUUGUGUUGUUUUUAUUUGUUAUGACGUGUUGUUUCUGGCGUUUUAGUCAGACGUGUUUAUUUAAAUAAAAAUACUGAACAGCC